GAAAGUCAGUUCAACUCGCUCAGUGUUGAAGUCACAUCCCCAGGACCGAGUCCCGAAUCCGAAUCCGAACCCGAACCAUGAACCCCAUGAGAGUGCUGAGCCUGCUGGCUUGCCUGGCGGUCGCCGCCUUGGCCAAGCCCAAUGGCCGCAUGGACAACUCCGUCAACCAGGCCCUGAAGCCCUCGCAGUGGCUUUCCGGAUCCCAGCUGGAGGCCAUUCCUGCCGUCGACGAUCUCACCCUUGAGCGUCUGGAGAACAUGAACCUGGAGCGCGGCGCCGAGCUGCUGCAGCAAGUCUACCACCUGUCGCAGAUCCACCACAACGUGGAGCCCAGCUACGUGCCCAGCGGCAUCCAGGCCUACGUGCCCAAGCCCAAUGGCGAGAAGACCGUGGCCCCCCUGAACGAGAUGAUCCAGCGCCUGAAGCAGAAGCAGAACUUUGGCGAGGACGAGGUGACCAUCAUCGUGACCGGACUGCCCCAGACCACCGAGACCGUGAAGAAGGCGACCAGGAAGCUGGUGCAGGCCUACAUCCAGCGCUACAACCUGCAGCAGCAGCGCCAGCAGGGCAAGCAGGGCAGCCAGGACUACCACGACCAGAGCAGCGAGCAGAAGAAGGCCCAGCGUACCAGCAGCGAGGAGGACUCUAGCGAGGAGGUGAAGAACGCCCGCACCCAGAGCGGCGACAUCAUCGUGAUCGACCUGGGCUCCAAGCUGACCAACUACCAGCGCUACGCCAUGCUCGACAUCGAGAAGACCGGCGCCAAGAUCGGCAAGUGGAUCGUCCAGAUGGUCAACGAGCUGGACAUGCCCUUCGACACCAUCCAUCUGAUUGGCCAGAACAUCGGAGCCCAUGUGGCCGGCGCCGCUGCCCAGGAGUUCACCCGCCUCACCGGACACAAGCUGCGCCGCGUCACCGGUCUGGACCCCUCCAAGAUCGUGGCCAAGAGCAAGAACACCCUGACCGGUCUGGCCCGCGGUGAUGCCGAGUUCGUCGACGCCAUCCACACCUCCGUCUACGGCAUGGGCACCCCCAUCCGUUCCGGCGAUGUUGACUUCUAUCCCAAUGGACCCGCCGCCGGAGUGCCCGGUGCCAGCAACGUCGUGGAGGCCGCCAUGCGCGCCACCCGCUACUUCGCCGAGUCAGUGCGUCCCGGAAACGAGAGGAGCUUCCCCGCCGUACCCGCCAACUCCCUGCAGCAGUACAAGCAGAACGACGGCUUCGGCAAGCGCGCCUACAUGGGCAUCGACACCGCCCACGAUCUGGAGGGCGACUACAUCCUCCAGGUGAACCCCAAGAGCCCCUUCGGCCGCAACGCUCCCGCCCAGAAGCAGAGCAGCUACCACGGUGUCCACCAGGCGUGGAACAGCAACCAGGACAGCAAGGACUACCAGUAGGAGGUUCUGGCUCUGGAGCAAGGCAUCUGGAAACUGGAAUGGCAACAACCACCAACCCAACAACCCCCCAACCCCACACACUGUAGUCCCUAAGUUGAACCCAAAUUGGCCCUUUCUUGAGAUUACUCAACCAUGUAACGAGCAGAUCGCGAAAUUCAGCAAAUAAACGCUUGAUAAAGAGCUUAAAAAUAA